GCCAGUGAACACUAGCUACCGUCUGGUGGGCUCGUCGCGUGCCAGGGCUCGACGAAGGCACAGAGUUUGUUAGAGAUUGUGCUAGGUGUGCGCUCGGACGGAGUUUAGGUUGUAAAGGUAAGUUCUUCUUAGGGUCCGUUAGCGAUUACCGUGUCCACAUCCACCAUUCCUCACCACCUCCACCCCUCCCCCGUCAGAACCCGCCUCCGAUUGUUCAGUCCAAACUACCCUUCAUAUCCCUGUCACUAUCAAGCCAUCACCCCAAUCCCUUCCGUGUAUUAGAGAUAUUCAGUCACUAAAUUGGUCAUGGCAGAGGUCGACAACAACCGCAAGCGGUCUCGCUCCCCGUCAGACUCGGACGAUAAAAAACAUUACAAGCGCGCAAAUACCGGCGUAAUCUCUGCGGAUGAUUCGCGCGCUCAAAAUCACUACAACUCCCGCUCGUCUGCUGCGUCUGCUAUGACUCAUGAUGUGAAUAUGACAGAAGCCCCCGCAUCCAUAGCAGACACGGUUGCGUCUACUCCUUCUCCCAAACCAUCCUCAUCAGACCCUAAAUUGGGCGACAAUCGUUCCAGGUCGGAUGAUAGUGCCAAGCCUUCUGCCACCAUGUCCGCAGCACCUUCUUCGUCCGUCAGCUCUCCCACUCCGCCGUCUGGCAUGAUUCACAUGCGUUGCCUAAUCGUUACUCAAGACGCGUCCAUCAUCAUCGGGAGAGGUGGAGCACAUGUCAACGAGAUUCGUGACAAGAGUGGUGCCCGUGUUGUCGUUUCUGAGAGCAUCCCCGGAAACCCAGAGAGGAUCCUCAACGUCAGUGGUCCACUCGACGCCGUUUCUAAAGCCUUUGGGCUCAUCGUUCGGCGCAUUAACGAUGAGCCAUUUGACGUACCUUCUGUUCCAGGCAGCCGUGCCGUUACCAUCAAAUUCAUGAUCCCCAAUUCCCGCAUGGGGUCGGUGAUUGGGAAGCAAGGAUGUAAAAUAAAGGAAAUCCAGGAUGCCAGCGGCGCAAGACUCAAUGCCAGUGAAGGCAUGCUCCCAGGCUCUACUGAGCGGGUUUUGAGUGUAGCGGGAGUUGCGGAUGCUAUUCAUAUAGCGACUUAUUAUAUCGGCAAUAUCCUUAUCGAGGCGCAGGAGCGUAUGCCCUCAGUCGGUCAUUCUAGCUAUCGUCCCUCCAGCUAUUCGAGAAGAUUGCCGUACACGGGGUCCUCUUACGUCCCUGGUUAUGCUUCUUCGCAGCCGUACGUUCCACACUCGCAUCAGCCACCACAGCAACUCCAGACCCAACAAAUAUACAUCCCGAACGAUCUCGUGGGAUGCAUCAUUGGCAAGGGGGGGAGCAAGAUCAACGAGAUCAGGCACUUGAGCGCUAGCCAGAUUAAGAUUAUGGAACCUGGUGCUGGCAUCAACGGUGCACCGUCGUCUGGCGGUGAAGGUGAACGGCUUGUAGUGAUCACUGGUCAGCCUGCCAAUAUCCAGAUGGCAGUGCAGCUCUUGUAUCAUCGAUUGGAACAGGAAAAACAAAAGCAGUUGCGAGCAUCGACCACCACAUCGAGUUCUUGAACUACCGAGUAAACUGUGAAUGCUGAUGUUGUGUUCAAGUUCUUUCCUUGUUUGGGACACUAGUAGCCUAUCACAGAUGUUCUGUUUCCUGACUCGUUUAUUCGUGACCAGAUUGUGUUUUGAUAGGGCCUGUAUUCCUACUUUGUCACUUUCGUCUUCUUUUCAUUCUUGUUCCAGUCAUUGUACAUAUGAGGGUUACUCCAGCUGACCGUAGUCCCAGUCAAUCACAAACAGCAUGUCUUCCUCAAAAUCACAAUGUCGAUAUGAAGUGCUAUGUG